AUGGAGAACGAAAAAUACUUGCAUGGUCGGUUGGAUCCCGGCAUCGAAUCGACUCUUCAGUUAGUCGAGGCAGUGGAAAGUCCUGAUAUGAGCAAUUUCUUCUCUUCCCAGGAAGCACCAUCCUCUGAAUCAUCUCAAUCCAAAAAUGCGGCAUUUCCGGGUAUCGGAUCUCCCAAUGAUACCCAGCUCAAGCUAACCCACCUUCCGGUUGAGAUACUUCGCCAAGUUUCUUCCUAUCUUUCGCCAUGCGAUCUGAUAAAGUUAGGCAAAUCGUGCAAAAUAUUGUAUGAAAUCACAGAAACUGAUUCACUUUGGCGGCGCCUGGUACAAGAAAAUGUGCCCGGUGUCAAGCUUAAUUCUCCUUUCCCAUGCGAGUCUUUCAAAGAGCUUUACCAAUCUCAUGAUCCUCACUGGUUCCUUACCAAGAACAAACUAUGGUUUGGCGAUUCUGAUUACUACGGGCAGCUCAUGAUUUCUAAAUACAACCCUGAGACUGGUUCUAUCGGAUUAUACAGACUUCUAACUCAAAGGCCAUCACCUCAAUUUUUUACAUGGAAGGAUGAUAUGUCAGUCGUGAUUCAUGGAUUUGAUCCCAGAACGCAUUUAGCUACUUCUCCUCAGCAACUGGACCUCCAUUCUUAUUCGCACCGAUCCUUAACAGAUAUGGGUCAUGCCGAACGAAGGCUCAAGGGUGAGGUACCGCUAAUAAUGGCGAAUCGCGGAAAUUCUACUCGGGAAUGUCCUUCGAGGUUCUUGCUAUCAAAAUUGUUAGUAGGUAAUCAGCCCAACAGGCCACAAGCAAAUAAAUGGCCACCACCAAAGAUUCCAGCAAAAGUUCGAGCAGGUCGUCCUACCAUUUUCGAUAAUUCAUGUACAGCUACUUGGGGUCGACCCGAGAAUCGAUCUCAGAUCAAUGAAAAAUCGUUUCGUAUUAGAGGCUGGAUGGAAAUGAAUGGUCUGGUACAAAUAGGAGAUCAAAUCCAAACAUAUUCGACUCUUGAUUUUGAAUUGUAUACACCUACAGAGGAUAAGCCUUAUAGAGGUAUUUUUGUCGGAGACUACUCAGGUCAUGGAUGCGAAUAUCUACUAUUAGAUCAACGAGAUGGACUUCAGAAACAGGACGAACCAAACAUAUCGAAAUCAAGAGGCGAAUCGCACGAAGCGUGGGAAGCAAGAAAAGGGCAAGCACGAACUCCCACAGGUUCUCUAUGCGCUAUUAAAUUGACUGGAGAUCCAAAUAUACCUCGAGGGGAAAUUACAUGGGUCGCUGAUGAUAUUAGUGACAAGGGAUUAGUUCGUUAUGGGGAGAAGGAUUGGCCUGGUGCAAGAAUUGUGAGGAGUCGCGGUCAAAUUGCCAAUCAAGGAUAUAAAAAUCCAAAAUACAUCGAAACGGAACUGAUAAUGAUAUCUCCAGACGUGUUGGCACAGCACUGGGUACCCUUCGGACAUAUCUCUUUCUUUCAUAGAGUAGAUAUUGAUAGCUAUGUAAAUCAAUAG